ACCCUGAACUCCUCAACAAGAUCCACUGGUCCGACAUCGAUCAGGUGUACCGCAGCAAUCGGGAGGGAACCCGAGACUUGGCUUUCCAGCUCUUCUGCUCGGAAUCUGGAUUUAUGCGAUAUUUUCCUGCCGCUCCCUGGUACUGGGAUCACGAGACCGAUCGAGACGUCUUGGACUUGUUCGACUGCCGGAACAGUGAAUGGUAUAUCAACGGUGCGACUUGUUCAAAAAAUGUGCUGAUCAUGCUCGACAUGAGCGGCUCGAUGCUGGGGCAACGGUAUGAAAUUGCCAAACAAACCACCGAAGCCAUCUUGGAGACCUUGUCCCACAAUGAUUACUUCAAUAUUUUGCCGUUUGCUGCAAACCCGCAAUUCUUGGAUGAAGAAUGCUCGAAACAGCACCCCAUGCUACAAGCGACGAUGAGGAAUAAAAAAUACCUCCGCGCACUAAUGAACAACAUCACCUCCGAGGGAAAAGCUGAAUACGAUGCGGCCAUCGAAAAAGCGUUCGCCACGCUGAAAGGGCUGGGCAACACCGAGGGGAUCACAUCAGAAUACGGAUGUGAAAGUGUGUUGGCGCUGAUCACUGACGGAGCACCAGAAGAUUACCAUGAGAUCUUCCAGCGUUACAAUCCGAAGGGAGAGAUCCGUGUCUUCACCUUCCUGAUUGGCGAAGAAGCCAUCGACUUCGAGCAGGUCAGGAAUAUGGCCUGCCAGAACCGCGGCUACAUGGUCCACAUCCAGAAUAUGGCCGAUGUCGAGGAGAAGAUCCAGAACUACAUCCGCGUCAUGAGCCGACCUUUGGGAGCCCACGACAAGGACAUCGACGAGAAGAGCCAAGUUUGGAGCGGUGUGUACCGAGAGAGAUUGUACCUACCGCGCCGCGAACGCUUCGCCGACCCGGCGCCGCUCACCAACCAGUCGUUCGCCCAAAUGAACCGAAUGGCGGCAAAGAGAAAGAUUCACAUGAAGAAAGCGGAAGCUCGGAGUCGAAUGUUUGUCACUACCGUGUCAUACCCCGUGCUGCUCAACAAGACCUUUAUGGGCGUUGCGGCUGUCAACAUUCCGUUGACUGAACUUGGCCAACUUGCUCAUCCUACUGAGAUUGGGGGGAACAGCUACUACUUCAUGCUCGAUUACAACGGCUUCAUCAUGUUCCAUCCGCAGCUGAGACCAAUUGACAUGCGCACUAAACUCCACAAGCAAAACUACAACAACAUGGAGCUGCUCGAGCUGGAGGUCGGCCAGAACGGGAUGAUGCACAACGUCGUCCUGAACUGCGACAACUCGAAGCCGCCGACCUUGGAUGUGCUUUUUGCCUCGGAUAUGGUGUGCAUCAAGGAUUCUGACUUCGUGCUUGGGUUGGCUGUAUCGAAAGGCGACGAGUCGCGAAUCGCACGCCGGAACCAGAACUACGACUACGGCAAGGUGCAGCUCAGCUGGGCCGAGGAGGGCCAUUGGCAUAUCCAUCCAUACUGGAGAUAUUGCCUGCUCAACGACACCGACGCCGGCAUCAGCAAGGAGGAGGCCUUUGUCGUCUACAUGAAGCAGAUGAAGAAGUCCGGGAAGCUACCCGAGUUGUGUAGAGCGCGACAGGAGCUACCAACACUUCAUCACCGAAAUCAACCGAAAUCGGUGGAAGACCGCUACUUCCGGAGAUCGAUUCGGCAAAAGGACAAGAUCGUGUUUGACAUCAACAAUUCUUCGAAACUUUGGUACCCCAUGGGAGAAACCAAGUCGGCGUACGGCAUUCUGGAGAAUGUGACGCUGCUAGGCCAGGCGACCAAAGCCAUUUAUAAGGAAGAUGCCCUGCUUGGAGUCGCCGGCCUCGAGUUUGACUGGCAACAUUGGUGUGUACUGCUCGAUGAGCACGGCUACGUCGUCUACAGUAACGAUGCGGCUACGUCGUAUAAGAACGCUUAUAUGGACCUUCGUGGAGGUGAAUCUCACCUUGGAGUCUUCUUCGCUCACAUCAAUCGAGUGGCAGAAAGGGCCAUGGAGCUGCUGGUGCAUCGUGGAUUUUAUAAAAAAUACAUGUACUACGACCACCAAGCCACCUGCUUGAAGCCGAAACCUGUCACUCAAUCUGGAUACUCCUUGAGAAGGCCGAUCACCUCGAUCAUUGCCUAUUUCAUGAGAUUCGUCAACAAGUUGCUACUCUCGGCAAAGCAACUGUCCUUGUUCCCGUUUUUCCACCAGUUCAUCAACACGGCUGAAGCCUUCACCGCGUCGUUCCACACGGCUCACGAUGGGUUCCCUUGCACCAAGGAGACGCCUUUUUACUACCAACAACCUGAUGACGAAACCAGAUCUGGAGACCUGGUCGACGGAGGCCGAGCCGAGAAGCCGUGCAUCAACACCAAGUGCGCUGUCCGGAUGCAAGCCCACAGCACCAAGGACUCGAUGCACUGCUACGAGUCGGCGCAUUGUCCGCUCAACUACCCGAGUCCGGUGCCCUUCAUUUGGAAGAGCACGGAGCACAACACGACGGAGAGCAAGUGCCGGCACGACGCCACCGUCAUGCUGUUCAUCACCCUCGCCCUCGGCGUCGUCGUCGAGGAGGUCAACCUGCACAAGCGGAUAGCGCUGAAGAUGUUGUGCUGGACCGGAACCCGCCCGAAUCGUCUGCUCUUCGGCUUCAUGCUGAUCACCGGCUUCAUGUCGUUUUUCCUGACCGACUAUGCGGCCACCGCUCUGAUGUUGCCGUUUGCGCAUGCAGUUCUUGAGGCGAAGCAGCACGGCAAGCAGAGCCUCCAAAGCGGCGUCUUCGUCGAUCCGUCCAAGGUGGCCAAGAUGCAGGAAGACAGUCAUCAUCCUGAUCAUCCGGUCCCACACUUACCCGAGCAAACGGCUCCAUCACCCGACAAGAGAAGACCUCGCACCGAAGAGGGCCGAGACCAGCCAGGCCUGAAGCGCGCCCCCAGCAACCCAAGUGCCAUCCCGUCGGGUUCUGAUGAGAGUUCGCCGCGAAGGAACCGUCGACUCAAGCGCAGGAGGAGCCAUCAACGGUCGGCGGCCUCUGCGGCUUCGGAUGCUAGCGACUACAUGACCGACGCCACACCUGGCAUCAUCGUGCUCUACCUGAUGUUCGUCUGGCCGAGGUACAACCCGUGGGACGUGAGGACAAGGACUAAAGGUGAAGGCCCGGAAAAGCUGUUGACCUGGUCGAUGCUGCAGCACAAGUUGGCUUGGUCGUUGUUGUUCCUCGUCGGCUGCGGGUUCGCCAUCUCCACUGCUGUCAAGGAAAGCGGCCUUUCCUCCCAGAUCGAAGACCUUCUCAAGGAAGAACUGAGCGGCCUCGACCCAUUAUUACUUCAAUUAAUAUGCCUCCUGAUCGUCGUCGUCCUCACCGAGUUCGUGAGCAACUCCAGCACGGCCAGCAUCUUUGUACCGCUGUUUUUGGGGGCGGUUGAAUACACGAAGCAGGUCUACUCCGGCGGCUUGCUGAGCGUCUUCUGUGUCGGCGCCACGAUGCUGAACAUGAACACGUGGGCGUACUGGUGGUUCAACAUGGACGAGCACAAAUGGCUUGAACGGGCCCCCGGCAACACGACGCUCCAAAUGCCACCCACCCCAUCCGCUCAUGCCAUGAGCCUGAACGGCAUUGAA